UACAAUUUUAUUUUGGAAAAAUGGUUCAUUUUUUUUUUUUUUUUAGAUAGAUACAUUCUUUAUUCGAUCGAUAUGUAAACCGAUCGAUUAUUAAUCCAAUAGAUUGAUUAUUGAUCCGAUCUAUAUAGGGACAGAUCGAUUAUUAAUUUGACAGAUCAAUUAUCGAUCUAAACUAUAUAUGAACUGAUCGAUUAUCAAUCCGAUAUAUAAAAAAUAGAAAUAAACUAUUUUGCUAUUUGAAAAUUUGAAGACUUAAAAAGAUAUAUUUUUUUGAGGCUUAAAUGCCAAAUUUUCUCCAUUUUGUACUAUUCCUAUUCCCUCUCUUUCUGCUGAAUUUUCUCACCAACUUUCUUUCAACCGAUUAACUAUAUUCUAAGCGUAACCCAACUCAUUCACUCAAUCACCCACUUGGCGACGAAUAUCAUUAACCAUUGGCAACGACCUUCCUACUUGCUUAUAGAAUUUAUUUAAUUCUACUAGAUUGAGUUAUUGUUUUGAGAAAUGGGGAACAAACGAGUGAUGGUGCCGGCGAGUGAAGUCGACUUGACGGCGGUGAAUUACAUACCGGAGAAUAUUCAAGCUCCACAUUUGACUGGUUUCUGGUUUAAGUUCUUUCUGAAGCUGGUUGAAGUACCGGGUAUUGGAUCUUUGAUUGUGAAUCACAUCAAGAAUGAAAACAAAUUCGACGAGAAGUUGAAGUACACCGUCAUACCAGAGGUUCCUAUGUUUAAACCUGAAUUUCCUCCUCAAGAGCCAGAACCUGCUGUUGUCAGCAUGGAAGAAGAUGCAAAGCCUGAAGACCGGGUGGAGCUAGCCUUGAAGUGUCUUCCAGAAUAUGAUCCAUCUAGCAAUUGGAGUGGUGAUGCCACUGCAUCAUUCCGCUAUUGGAAGAUUCGUGAUUAUGCGCAUGCAUACAGAUCUAAGUUUACAACUCCAUCAAUGGUUGCAGAACGCUUCAUCUCAGCUAUUGAGGAGUUCAACAAUAAGUAUCCUGCAGCACCACUAUUAAUUUCUUUUGACCCCGAUGAUUUUAGAAAGCAAGCUGCUGCUUCUACACAAAGAUUUGAACAAGGAAAUCCACUGUCAAUCUUGGAUGGGAUUUUCAUGGCAAUUAAAGAUGACAUAGAUUGCUAUCCUCACCCUUCAAAGGGAGCAACUACGUGGAUGCAUGAGGUUCGUGAGGUAAAGAAGGAUGCUGUUUCUGUGUCAAGAUUACGAAGUUGUGGUGCAAUUUUGGUUGGAAAGGCAAACAUGCAUGAGUUGGGCUUGGGCACUACCGGAAAUAAUGCAAACUAUGGGACUACACGAAACCCACAUGAUCCAGAUAGGUACACUGGAGGGUCUUCCUCAGGUCCUGCAGCUAUCGUGGCUUCGGGAUUGUGUUCCGCUGCUUUGGGAACGGAUGGAGGAGGUUCAAUUCGGAUUCCUUCUUCCCUUUGUGGUGUUGUGGGUUUGAAGUCAACAUAUGGUCGAACUGACAUGACCGGGUCAUUAUGUGCUGAUGGAACAGUGGCAAUUAUUGGACCAAUCGCCACAACAGUUGAGGACACCUUACUUGUGUAUUCAGCAAUUUUGGGGUCCUCUCCUGCUGAUAGAAUCCCCCUGAGACCGUCCCUCCCUUGUGUACCUAAUUUCUCUUCACAAGAGAGCUUGCAAUCUGUGGAAUCACUGCGCCUUGGAAAAUAUACAGAGUGGUUUAAUGAUGUCUUCUCAACUGAUAUAUCUGACAAGUGUGAGAAUGUUCUCAGUCGGCUAUCAGAAAAGCAUGGAUGCAAAACGGUAGAGAUUGUAAUACCAGAGUUGCAUGAAAUGCGCAUAGCUCAUCUUGUUUCUAUUGGUUCUGAAGCAUCAUGUGCACUGAAUCCUGACUGUAAUGAUGGGAAAGGAGAGAGAUUGACUUAUGAUACUCGCACAAAUCUGACACUUUUUCGUUCAUUUACAGCGGCAGACUAUGUUGCUGCUCAGCGGCUUAGGCGGAGGUUAAUGUAUUUCCAUAUGGAGAUUUUCAAGAAGGUGGAUAUAAUUGUGUUACCUACAACUGGCAUGACAGCACCUAGAAUUCCACCAAGUGCUCUUAAAGUUGGGGAGACUAAUUUGCAAGUUUCAGGAAAUCUUAUGCGGUUCAUUAUAGCAGCAAAUCUUCUGGGACUUCCUGCAGUCACUGUCCCUGUUGGUUAUGACAAGCAAGGGCUUCCCAUAGGUAUGCAACUCAUUGGCCGACCUUGGUGUGAAGCUUCCAUUUUGCGCUUAGCUGCUACAAUUGAGGAAACGUGUGCUGAGACCAAGAAGAAACCACUGCAAUAUUAUGACAUUUUGAAAGGGAACUAGAAAAAGCUUAUAUUCAUUGGAGCCCUGGGUAAACAGUAAUGUGAGUCGUGAAGCUUAAGAAGACGUGGAUUCAUUUAUCAAGAUUUUGGUGAUUCACAGAAACCAUCUUGGAAGUUUUCUCUUUUUUUUUUUUUUUUUCCUAAUGGUCUUAAAAUUUAAUGUACUGAAAUUUGAGGUACCACCUUAUGAAAUAAUGCCGAUAUUUCCUCAAUAAAGGUAAUGCUCACCUCCCCUUUAGUUC